UUAUAGGAUUCUUGACUGAAGUGAAUGAAUGCAAGAAAUAGUCAAAAUCCUCUAAAAAAACCCCAAGUUAACUAUCACCGUUACCGGCCACCGGGCGUCACCGUAUUCCGCCGUUAUUCUACCGUUAUCCUCCUCAUUCAUCGGAGAUUCAGAAUAUUUCGAGGGAUUGGCUAUACAUAUUUCCAUAGAAUUCGAUGAUCUACGGGCACCCCAGGCGAAUUAGUAUGGAGUAUUUUUGGUUUGAUUAGGUAUUGGCUAUAAGAAGAUUUGGAGGAGUGGUGAGCUUUCAGUAGAGAGAGAAUGGAGAAGUCGAGUACUUUGGACUACAUCAACCAGAUGUUCCCUACAGAAGCAUCUUUAUCGGGUGUGGAGCCACUGAUGCAAAAAGUACACAAUGAGAUACGCGUUGUGGAUACAGAAAUUCUAGCUGCUGUCCGUCAACAGAGUAAUUCAGGUACAAAGGCAAAGGAGGAUUUGGCUGCAGCUACACGUGCUGUUCAGGAACUCAUGUAUAAAGUCAGAGAAAUUAAAACCAAAGCUGAACAAAGUGAAACAAUGGUUCAGGAAAUAUGUCGUGACAUCAAAAAGCUGGAUUUUGCAAAAAAACACAUAACAACUACAAUCACUGCCCUCCAUCGUCUUAAUAUGCUUGUGUCUGCCAUCGAACAACUUCAAGUAAUGGCUUCAAAACGACAAUAUAAAGAGGCUUCUGCACAGUUAGAGGCUGUCAGCCAGUUAUGUAGUCAUUUUGAUGGUUACAGAGAUAACCCAAAGAUCACUGAGCUAAGAGAUAAGUUCAAGAACAUCAAACAAAUUCUCAAGUCUCAUGUGUAUUCUGAUUUCUCCAGCUUAGGUACGGGGAAAGAGACAGAGGAAAACAGUUUGUUGCAGCAUUUAACAGAUGCUUGUUUAGUUGUUGAUGCACUUGAGCCAUCAGUGAGGGAGGAGUUAGUGAAGAACUUUUGUGAUAGGGAACUUAUUUCUUAUCAGCAGAUAUUUGAAGGAGCUGAGCUAGCAAAGUUGGAUAAAACAGAGAGGAGAUAUGCUUGGGUGAAACGCCGUUUAAGAACAAAUGAAGAGAUAUGGAAAAUCUUUCCAACUUCAUGGCAUGUUGAUUAUCUGCUCUGUAUCCAGUUCUGUAAAUUGACCAGGUCACAACUUGAGGACAUACUUGAAAACCUGAAAGAGAAGCCAGAUGUGGGAACACUACUGAUGGCAUUGCAACGGACAAUAGAAUUUGAGGAAGAGUUGGCAGAGAAAUUUGGUGGUAGUGGUGGUACCAGAAAUAUUGUACAAGACAUUCGUAAGAAGUAUGAGAAAAAGCUUGCUGCACAUCAGGAUGAUGAUAAAGAUUUAGCUGUGCCUGGAGCAGGGUUUAAUUUUCGUGGAAUCAUAUCAUCUUGCUUUGAACCACACCUGAUGGUAUAUGUGGAUUUUGAAGAGAAGACACUUAUGGACAAUUUGGAGAAGCUUGUUCAGGAAGAAACAUGGGAUAUGGAUGAUGGAGGUCAGACCAAUAUUUUAUCCAGUAGCAUGCAGGUAUUUUUGAUUAUCAGAAGGAGCUUGAAAAGGUGCUCAGCCUUGACUAAGAACCAAACUCUGCUAAACUUGUUCAAGGUGUUUCAAAGGGUUCUAAAAGCUUAUGCUACAAAGUUAUUCAUGAAGUUGCCUAAAGGUGGCACAGGGAUUGUUGCAGCUGCCACUGGGAUGGAUGGACAUAUUAAGACAUCCGAUAAAGACGAAAGGAUGAUAUGCUAUAUUGUGAAUACAGCAGAAUAUUGCCAUAAAACGGCUGGUGAGUUGGCUGAGAAUGUCUCCAAAAUUAUAGAUCCCCAAUUGGCCGAUGGUGUAGACAUGUCAGAAGUGGAGGAUGAAUACUCGGCAGUUAUAACAAAAGCAUUAGUAACAUUGGUGAAUGGGUUGGAAACCAAAUUUGACAUUGAAAUGGUUGCAAUGACCACACGUGUCCCAUGGGCUACACUCGAAAGCGUGGGCGACCAAUCAGAGUAUGUGAAUAACAUAAAAAUGAUCCUUAAUGGUAGCAUCCCUGUACUUGGAACCCUUCUUUCUCCAGUUUACUUUCAGUUCUUUUUAGACAAGCUUGCAUCGUCUCUGGGCCCACGCUUCUAUCUCAAUAUCUUCAAAUGCAAGCAGAUCUCAGAGACUGGAGCUCAACAAAUGCUGUUAGAUACUCAGGCUGUAAAGACGAUACUUUUAGAUAUUCCAUCCCUAGGAAAACAGCAACAGGCCUCAGGAGCUGCUGCUAGUUACUCCAAAUUUGUGAGUCGUGAGAUGAGCAAAGCCGAAGCACUUUUAAAGGUUAUUCUGUCCCCGGUUGACUCGGUGGCAGAUACAUACAGUGCACUACUACCCGAGGGAACCCACUCUGAGUUUCAACGAAUCCUAGACCUCAAGGGGCUGAAAAAAGCAGACCAACAAACAAUAUUAGAAGAUUUCAGCAAACGUGGCUCCGGGAUCCCAAUUGCCACGUCAGCAGUCCAGAUGGUCCCCGCCACAGCAGCGGGUCCUCCUCCUCCGGUGGCGGUGGCGGUGGCGGUGGUGAGUCAGCAAGGUGGUGGUUCUUCUUAUGGUGCAGCAAUGAUAUCAAGAGAAGAUGUGCUGACAAGAGCAGCAGCACUGGGUAGAGGUGCCGCCACUACUGGUUUUAAACGCUUCCUUGCUCUCACUGAAGCCGCAAAAGACCGAACCGAUGGUCCUUUCAGAAAACUCUUCAAUGCAUGACCAUCACCAAUUCACCAUAUCAUAAAUCCCUCUAAACUCCAUGCAUGUAUUUUCUACCAUAUCAUAACAAUCAUUGACAUGUUUUUUUUUUUAUUACUAUUUUUGACAUGAUAAUGAAAACUUACUUUUUAUUUUUUAUGUGUGGACUGG